UUACUUUCACUUAUUAUUAAUAUUUUUAUUUUGUCUAAUAAUUUCUAUUCUUUCUAAGGUUCAGCAUUCAAUAAUGAAAUUUCUCAAAAGUAUUAUAUUCCUACUAAUUCACCUCAAUCCACUGUUGUUAUUCAAUACUCAAGCGGAGAGGAUUGUAUGCCUUCUCCAUUUCACCAUUCGGAUUCCCCUCAUCUGCGUAAUCCAUCAUUUAGCGAUUCUUCUCCUAUUUUAAUUGAACAUAACAAAAAACAUAAUGCAGUUGAUCAGAGCAAUAAUAACAGUAAUACUACUAGUAAUAAUAACGAAAGUGAAUUAGUACCGUUUGAUCUUCCCAAACUGUGUAUAAAAUCUGAUGGAGGCAUUGCCUUGACUUUGCCUACAGAUGUUAUUCUGCCAGAGGAUAAUGAAGGACAAAGUACUUGGAAUUAUCACCAACGAUUGAUGGAUGUUAUUAUAACUGUGGUUAAUCGAAGUGGAGAAAUAUUAUAUUAUGACAAAAACCUUCCAAAUCAACAAAGUUUUUGCCUAGAUAACAAUGAAAAAUGCGAUGAUAAUGAUUAUGCUAAUUUACAAAUUGGUGACAGUUGGACUAGUAGAAUUCAAGAUGGUGAUUUAGCGAUUUGGGAGAAGCAUACCUCUAAAAUAUUUAAUGAAGCAUCUCGUUGGUCUCAUGCCCGUAACACUUUACUUGAACAAAGUGUAUUGUCAAUUAACAGUGAUGAUGGAACAGUUGAGAACCAACAACAUAAAAUUUUUACAUCAUCUAAUUCGAGUAGUUUAAUUUCCCCUGAAAACUCUUCCAAUCGUCAUUUAUUUGAUUGUCCUAUAUAUCGUGUAAAAUUGGGUCGAAAAUGGUUUUAUGUUCACACGUUUAGUUUACCUAUUAACCGUUGUACUAAUUCAAACCUGCUGCAAUCAGAUAUGUUAUUAUGUGAACCAUUGGUAGUGCAUUAUCAUAAUCUUCUUCGUGAAUGUGAUCAAAGUGUAGAAUCCACUGGUUCAAGUGCAUCAAUAUGUCUUAAGAAAGCCAUUGGACAAUCCACUUUGUCUAUGGAUUUGACUGAAACAAAUUGUUCUAAUUCAUUUAAAAAUACUGUUGUUCCUUGUUCAUCUGUUUGUGAAAACCCAAUAUCAUCACACUUAAUCAUAUCUACUGUAAAUGAUCAUUGCCGAAUCAAUGAACCGUCCAACGGUAGUAGUAAAAAUCUUUCUCUUUCCACUAGUACUUGUCUUUCAUAUAUCAGUUCACCUGAUCCAUCUGUUACUAGUGGGCAGACAUUGGUUUUUAACUCGACUUCGCCGCCAUUAUCGUCCCUUGUAUUACCUCAUCAUCAUCACGUUCACCUUACACAUUGUCAUCAUCAUCAUCAUCAUCCUAAUGAAAUUCACGAUGCCACAGCAAUAACAUCAACUACCAACAAUCAUCGUCAUCAUCAUCACCAUUAUGUCCGUCAUCAUCAUACGCCCAAUACUUCUCACGAUUCACCUCAGCCUGUAAUAGUUUCUCAUCUUCCUCAUCAAAAUUCUAUCGGAGAGAAAUCUACUUGUUCGUCUGAUACCUCACAUAGACUUAAUCAAAGAAAGAUCAAUAUAGAUCAUGUUGGUUGUGGCUUAAGUGUGUAUCAUAAAGAUUCGGCAAAUUACAACUCAUUAACUUGUCAGACAAUUACAAAUCAUGAUUAUCAAUCUCACCUAGACUCAUCGCACCAUCAUCAUCAUCACCACCACCACCAUCAUCAUCCCCUUAUCCAUACUGGGAAAAGUCUACAUAAUAAUGAUUAUCAUACUUAUUGUCAUCAAAAUGAUAAAUCAACAAUAACUGAGUUUGUACCUACAUCGUCGUCAUCUGCUAUAAAAUCUGAUAACAUAUCUAAAUCACCGAUUCUUGUUGUUAGAAAGUCAAGUUCACAAUCUCAUUCAGAGCACUCCUCAACUGCAGAUAACAAUACAGUGCAAUAUGGAAAUACGAAUGUGAUUGGAACAUAUUGUGAUAAUAACUCAUUACUAUCGGAUAUAAGUGGUGACUCGAUGUAUGAACAUUUUGAUACAGAAUUUAUACCUUCCAGUUGUAAUGAAGAAUUUCAUAGUCGCUCAAAUACUUAUCAUUACAAUAGUAAUAGUAAUCACAACAGUAACUCUGCUGUUGUCUAUUCAACUGGAAAUACCAGCGAAUCUCUCAGUGGUUUAUCGUUUACUAAUAUCCAAUUACCUCGAAAUAAUGAAAUAAACUCUGCUACAGAGAAUGCUAAUGAUGGAAAUUCUUCCACUGAAAAUCUUCAUAAUGUACUAAAAAAUAAUACUAAUCGUCAACCAAUACAUGAAAAUCAUCAAAAUGAUAGUUGUAGUAUACAAAAUAGAUCACUGAAUAAAAAUCAAUACGAUAGACGAAUUUUAAUGCUGCAACAUCUUUUACCACCCCAAGCAAUACAAGAAAUUCGUCAAAUAUGGCAGGAAAUGAAUAGGCUUAUUAAAUGUGAUUCAGAAAUGUCUCUGAAAUCGUCAGUUUCCACAAUACCAGUUACUACUACUGCUGCUGAAAUUCCGAAUUCUUCAUCGCAUAAUGUGUCAAAUGUCGUACGUGAAAAUUUUGCUCGUCGAGUUCGACAAAUUGUUAGACAGUAUCUUGGGCCUAAAGCAUUUAUCACCGAUAAUUUACCUGAACCUCGGUCAGAAAUAGAUUCAUGUUUUAAAACAGAUGAUAUUGUAAUGCUUCAAUCGGACAAUAAUCAACAGUUGGGAUUAUCAACGUUGGAUUAUGAUGAAAAUGAAAAAAAAUCAGCUUCCAAUUCUGGCAUCAACGUCAUUGAAGGAACGAAUGCUUCUUUUACUAGUCCUUUUAUUCUGUCAACAAUACCAUGUACUAAGUCACUGUGCGCUAGUGUUGGUAGCAGUGAUACAAAAUCGUCUACCAUUGAAAUGUUUUCAUCUGAAAUAACAGACAAACUGUUUCGCAAUGAAACCAAUAUUGUAGAAAGUAAUUCAGGUGUAUUAUGUCCUAAUGUUACUGCGACUUGUGUAACUUCAUCUAAAGUAAGUGACACAGGGAAUACGGUUCAGGAAAUAUCUGCAUCUUGUAAUGAAACUGUGAGUGAUUCACCAUUGUCGUCAUGCAUAAAACAGACAGAUGAACUGAUUGUUUCACAAUCACUUAAUAAUAAUAAUAAUAAUAACAACAUUAAUAAUAGUCAUUCUAGUGAAACUCCAUACACAUCAUCUACUGGUAAUUUGCCGCGAGUAUCAACUAAUUCACAGUGUUGUAUGCUUGAAUGGUUAUUGUCUGAAGAAGCUGAUCUUUGUAUAUUACCACCAUCAUUAUGUCAGUCGAAAGUUGGAGAUAAGCCACAGCACCAGUCAAUCUCUGGAAUCUCACCACCACCAUCAUCGUUCCACAGUCAGGUGAUUUCACCAAGAGCAUCAUGUUGUAUGGCAUCUUCUAGUCAAACGCACAGUUUUCAGUAUGGUUCACCUGUUUUGACAGAAGUUGCUUACAGCCCACUAUCCAUGUCCCAACAGAAAAUUAAUUCCGAACUACAAAUUAAUAAUCGUUCAUUAUCUUCCAAUAAUAGUGGUUCAUUGAUUGCGACGACUACUACUGUUGGUGCUGGUACUGUUACUUCGUCGGCGAAUUUGUCUUAUAUUGAAAUUCGAUCUUCUCCGCAACCACGAACUGAGAGUUUAUUAGUUCGUUUACUGCAUCCAGCAAAAAAUCACUCUGUUGGGCAUCAUACAGAUAUAAAUACUUAUGAUGGAGGACAUUUACUGAAGUUAUCCUCUCCAACAUUACCACGUUCUGUAGCUGUGACCUCUCAAUUUGUUCCAGAUACAACUGAUUUAAACACUUCUAACAUAGUUACAAACACUGGAUCUGACAUCAAUAAUGUACAACGACAACUAAACAAUCGACAACCGGAAUGUCGAUUAAUCGCUGUUUCUCUAGAUAAUCUGUGCAACAAUCAACCUACGACAAAUACUAGUAAACGAUGUCGUAGUGGUCCUGCAACUACACAAUCAAUUUCAUCGUCAUUCAGUUCACAUAUAUCACCCGGUAAUAAACGAACUCGACAUGCUUCACAAUUUGAGGAAGUUCCUCCGCCUAGCACAAGAAAAAAUUCUGGUAUAUCUGAAGCUCAACAUAAUUCAGAUGUAAUUCCUAGUCCACCUUUCACGUCAUUGACACAACUUCUUUUGCAAGAUUUUCCAUUAGUUUCCGAUAUAAUAUCGUAUUCUUCAGUGGAUUCUCCUAAAUAUACUUCUUCAUUUGAACAAAAUGAUUAUCAUUGUAAAUCUACUAAAUCUUUUUCAAAUACACAUGGAUAUGAAAAUCUUCAAUGUAACAUGACAACUUCACAUGACAGAAACAAAAUAAUCAGUUCGAAUAUUUCACAAAGUGACUAUUGUCUUUCGGCAAAUCCACCUUCUAUGAUAACAAGUGAAAAAUGUACGAGAAAUCAAGGCCUAUUCAUCAAUUCAAAUAAUGUUGCUUUCAGUAAACAUAUAUCAUCUUCUGAUCAUCAACCUAAUGAUGAAAAUACAUCGUCAACAUUUUCCUGGUCAACAUUGUCACCUAGUUCUAAUGUAAAAUCUAAAUUAGAAAGUAAAGAUAAAUAUCUUGUAAGAACAAGCAAAGAUUCAGAGAAUAAUUCCACCAGUAAUUUAAUACCUGAACAAUCUAGUAUAUGUCAGUUAUUAUUAGAUGCACAAUUGGAACCAGAAGAAAUAUCAGAUGCUGUGGCUAAUGUUCAAAAUUAUUCAAACUUAUCAUUUAAUCGUAAUACUUUGUCCACGAUUAAUAAAUGUAAAGAAGAAGGCAGUAAUGAUGAUAUAUCAUCUUUUAAAAUUAACUUACAAAUCACAUCGAUUGCCGACGACAACCAAUCUUCCAGUAGAUUACUUGCUAGUACUUCUACUACUACUACUACUAGUAGUAGUUGUUGUUGUGGAGGGUUAUCUUCUACUGAUCUUACUGACAACUGUCCGUCAAAACAACUCCCACCACCACCAUCGUCAUAUUCAAUAGCUCCAGUCGAAUGGAAUGAUGAUGAUCUACAGCAGUUAAUCCAUGAAGCAAUAACUAAUCCUAAUGAUGCUCUAAUAGAAGAGAAUAAUCGCAAUACAUGUUCAUCAUGUUCUUCAUCUUUAGAUCUACCCAAACGACAUCCAUCCACUUCAUCGAAAGAGAUAUCAGAAGAAGUGGAAAUUUUAUGUGAGAUAUUACGACGAGAUGAAUUAGAAAGAAAUAAUAAAAAUGCUGAAUAUUGUCAUCCUAAUCAAUGUGAUGCCACUACUGCUGUUACUUCUACUUCUACGAUCAAUUCUUCUAUUAUUUCUAGUACAGAAGCUGGUAAUAAUAAUCCAUUGCCAUAUCUAAGUGAAUCGCCCAGUUCUAAAAGGUCGAGAUUCUCUUCAUCCACAUCGAUAUCUGAUCAUCAAAUCGAUAAUACUGGUGAUAAUAAUAUGGCUAGUGUUGAUGGUGAUUUUGUUCAUCGAGAUGAAGUUAAUUGGCAAAAUGAUGCUAAGGCUGUUGCCCGUAUCUGUGAACAAUUACAACAGGGUCUAGUUACGGAAAAGUUGCCAGUCACAUCAUCAAAUAAUGAUAGUAACAACGGUACUGUAACAGAAUAUCCUGGAUAUUCUGUAAAAAUCAAUGAUCAUAAUAAUAGUAGUACUUCUGUACUAUCCAGUAGUAUUCCUGAUUAUUCAAUUUCGCGAAACGAUAUAAUAGUGUCGUUGAAGCAUACUACUCCAGUGCCAGAUCUAGCAAUGACUAAUUUAAUGACUACAACUUGUACAACAUGGUCAAGUUAUUCACCUCAGACAACAAGUAGCAGUGGGCAUAAUAUACUACGACGUAAUAAUAGUGGAAACAAUAAUAAUAGUUGUAGUAGUAUUAGUAGUGGUGUUAUUGCUACUACUACCACUACUAUUACGAAUGUUGUGAAUAGAGCUGCUGUGGCUGCCGCAUUAGCUAGUCAACAAGCUGCAGCAAGUCAACGUAAUCAAUUGAAUAAUCAACGUCUAUUAGCUGAACAACGUAAACGCCUUAUCCAACAUCAGUUAUAUAAUCAAGUUGCUGUGUAUUCACUGAAUUCAUCAGCAACUAAUCGCAACCCUAUGUCGAACUCGGAUUCGAAUCCUCAAGUGAAUACAUUUUUUGUCAAUGAAAAUAUGUAUGGUAUACAAAAUUUACCUUCUUCUCUUAGCAUUUCUCCUACUACUAAUAAUAAUACUAUCAUUUCUACAACAGCUAGUCAUAAUAAUCAUAAUCCAACUUAUCAUUUAUUACAUGUAAUUCCGAAUAAAUCAAUGAUUAGGAAAUCUUUAUCAUUAGAUACUACUAGUACACAAAAUAUGAAUGCAAAUUUAUUGAAUUUAAAUGCUACAACAGUGAUUUCAUCGAAUUCACCUUCAUUCAGUUCAACAUCUAGAGGUGCUAAUUUUUAUCAUUAUUAUCAACAUCAUCGUCCAGAGGAUUUAUCUCGAUUUUUAAAAGAAGUUGGUCCUAAUGUACAAGUACAACUUUCUUGUUCAAUCCCUACAAUUGAUAAUCAUCAGUUAAGUAAUGCACAUAAAACCCCUCAUGUUUACCCUACAUUGCAUCAUAGAAGUACAGUGAAAAUGCAAAAACCACCUGCUAGGCAUCCAAUGAUAGCUAAAACAACAACAAUUACUCCUACUACACCAUUGUCAACGUCAGCAAUGUUUCAUAAUUCCCAGACCGCUGUGCUGCAAUCAGGUAGUAUUGGUUCGUUGCCAUCAUCAUCAUCGUCGUCCUCCCAUAAAACUUCAACAGUUUUACCAGUUUAUUCUUCUCAUUCAUCUGCAGUGAGUAACUUAUCAUCUAUAAACAAUCCAAAGAAAAUUUCAAGGGAGGAUUCAAUUCUACUCAACCAAAAACAUUUUCCAUUUGUGGAUAGUAAUAAUAAUAGUUGUUUAGUUAAAACUGAACUACAUCAAGGAUUAGUCGAUUGUCAGGGUAUCCAUCAAAAUCGUUCUGUUGUUCCUGUUACUACUACUGAUAAUGAUCAUAGUAGUUUUCAAUGCUCUCAGGUAUCUAACAAAUUCUCCGAUGACUCUCUGCCAGUUAAUACUUAUCAAGCUUGUUCUUCAACUGAAGUUGAGCAAUCCUCUCCGGUCACCACCUCUUCCCCCUCCUCAUUGUCAUAUGUUUCAAGUGUACCAUCUAGUAGUUUGAUGGCACAUAAUGAGAACGCAUAUUCUAAUAUAUGUUGUACUGAAAAUCCUAUGAAUUCAGUUCAGUGUCUUGAAUGGUCUUUACCUCAACCUGUUUAUGUACAACAACAGAAAAUCAAUUCUAACUUGGAUAAUAUAUCUUUGUGUAAUAAUACUGUUUAUCCCCAAUCAGCUCAUUUGGCUCAUAGUUAUCGUUCUCAGGUUUUUCCAAAUAGUCAUAAAACCAACGAGUUAAACAAUAAUAAUAAAAUUGAUACAUUUGAUUACUUCACUCGAAAUGAUUCAUCGUAUUGUAAUAAUAAUACAUUGAUGAUAAAUCAUUCAAAUGUUGUUUAUCCCUUAACACCGUGUAAUAGUUUAUCACCAAUCAGUGUAUCAGCGAAUACUUCCCCAAGUUCCAGUACUACAUCUGGUUACCUUAAGUCACCACCGCCACCACCGCCGCUGUCUGCUUGUCAACAAUCGAUAGAAUCAGCGUAUUCUACAUCAUCAUCUUCAUUGGACACUUUAGUUAAUCAUUAUUAUGAAAUAAAUUCAACGAGUGGAUCAUUCGAUUGUUGUUUCAAUACUUAUUCAAGUUAUCCAACUUUUCACAGAAAUCUAUCAACAAUGUCUAAUUCAUCAACAUUAUCUUAUAAUUUUAAUCAUACAUCUCAGGAUACUCCUGUUACUACAAUUAUUGAUCCUCAUUUAGAAUCGAUGUUACAGUCAAAUUAUAAACAUCAGUAUCAACAACAAAAUGAAGAGAAUUUAUUACCAGAUGAUCUAAUCAAUGAUGUAUUCGAUCUUGAGAUUAUGAUUGCAGCUAAGCAACAACGAGAAUAUCAUCAUAAUUCAACAACAAAUGAAUUGCAGUGUUUAACUGUGGAUGCAUCACCAGUCCCUAUCAAACAACAACCUCAAUUGACUUUGUUGAAUAAUAGUAAUGUUAUACUAUCCACAUCAUUAUCGCCAAGGUUGUCGUCCCCUUCAAUAUUGAAUGCUACAAACCAAUGUUUGACUACUACUACUACUACUACUACUUCUGGUGCUGCAGUUAUUGUCAUUGUUACAAGAUAGUGUCAUCAGUAUGUUGUUUGGUGUUUUUUAUUUGAGAAAGAAAUAAACACCAAUAACGAUAGUUAUAAGAACAACUGUGCAUGGACACACAUAUUUUUAUUUAUUUUCUUUUAUCGAACUGAAUAUUAGAACCUCUACAUUUGAAAAUAUAAACAUUAUACAUAAUUGUCAUAUUAAUUAAUUAUUUUUUUAUUUGUAUACACCCUCACUCCCUCCUAAAUCAUAUUCCCUCUCAUUUAUAUUAUAUUCAAUAGCUGUAAGAGAACUAAUCAUUUUUAUAUUACUUCUAAUUAUUAUUUUUCAUAAUCAACAUUCUUCUUCUUUGUAUUAAAUAGUCGUUAUGGAAUGGUGUGGGAAAGCAAUAUAUCAAGUUGCGCAUCAUGUACACUUUAUUUUAUUCUUUCUUUUUUUGACAUCUAUCUUUAUUGUACUUGUCCACAUCAACAACCAUGCUCGUUCAUCUAGCAGGCCUCUGUUUGUUACUUCUCCUCUGGUGUUUUUCUGUUUCCCAAUAAGAUAUUACAAAAUCGUUCUGUUGAGGUUUUUUCUAUUAAUUGCGUAAUAUCGGUUGUAUUCAGGUGCAUUGAUUGUCUUGACAAUUAAAAUAUAAUAUUUGGAUAGAGACGAUUCGUAAUAUGAAUACUACUGCUACUACUAUUACUAAAGAGAAUGAUCAAUGUAAUUAUAUUUUCACACUUACGUACAUUAAAUGUGUAUACAUAUUUUGUGUUCCUGUAUUUUAAAUGCCAUCGGUUGCGUGUGUGUCUGUGUGUAUAUCAGCUGAUACUUUGUCAAUUGCUUCUUUGUCAAUAAAAUCAAGUUGCCUUAGUUAUUAUCUUUUCAACUUUUUCUAUUCUGCAAUGUACACAUUUAUUAAGUAGUAUAUAAAUUGUACACUCACUCUCUUUCUCACACAUACACACAAAUAUUCAGGACAUAUUUUAUUAUUAUUACUCAGUAAAUUUACUAUUGCUGUUAUACAUAAACAAGUGUUUUGAUAACAAGAUUUUUUUUGUGUGUUUAUAGUACAUUACAAAACUGCAUAGAUUGUUUGCUUCUAUUGUCCAGGUGAUAGCGAUAUUUUGCUCUCUUUCCAGCUGCUUCGCUAGUUGGUUGAUCUCAUUCAUUGUUGUAGUAAAUAAAUAAACACACCACAUAUAACCAGGUCUUAUUUAUCUUCUCUCUUUUUUCAAAAAAAGUUUUUUUUUCUUUAUCCCGUCAUCUAUAGUGUUACGACCCAGUUUGGGCACCAAAUUUGUGUACACAACUUGUGUUUGUGUCUUUAUUCUGAAUUUUAUAAACUCAAUCUUGUAAUUACAAUAUAUUUGGUCUAAUACACAAAAAAAUACCACUGUUCAAGGCUAAAACUCACUCUCUUCUCUUUCAUUAAUUCAAUAGUUUUGUGUGUUGUUUUUGUUUCAGUUAGGAAUAUUCAAAUGCUUUGUUGUCUUAAUUCAUUCAUUUUCUUUUCUUUUUUUUCUCCACUGGUUGUUUCUAUCUACUAAUCUUGUCUUUGUUUCUGUCUAUUUCACAAUAAAUCCUAUCUAUUUUCUUUUAUGUGUCUGUUUAUCUUUCGUUGUUUACUCUUCUUUGUCACUUUGUUGAUUUCUGCCAAAAAUUCUUUGACUGGCGUUUUUUUUAAUCCUUAAUUUUUUUUUGAUAUAUCUAUAUAUCAGUAUAGUUUACACUGUUCUUUCUCUUUAUCGUUUGAAGUGGUGUAAUACAUAACGUGUAGGAAAUUUAUUUUACUCUUAUUCGUUGUCAUCUUUCGUCUGUUUCUCUAUUUAUCCUUUAUUAUUUGCCUGAUUACAUACAUGUCUAUCUAUCUGAUCGACCAAUAGAUGAUUAAAAUGAUCGAUUUGAUUGUUGUUUGUUUUUCUUUUUUGUUUUCCUUCUUCUACUAAAAACAAUAAUUUUCUCUAGACAUUUCUCUCCUCUUUCUCUUUCAUUACAAUUUUAAUUCAUAUCGAUUAUAUAAACGAUUCUCUUCAGCGAGCGUGGUAUGUUAAAACAGAGAGAAUGGUUCCCAUUUCAUCAUUAUUCUCUGAAUAUUGAAAACUGAAAUAGAAAAAUAAUACUUCAUCAAUGAUGACUGAAUUGUGUUUCGCGCUUACAUUAUUUUGAUUACUGUGUUCUAUGCAUAUAUAUAUAUAACUAUGGUGUAUUGGUAAAUAAAUUUUGUUGUUGGUCAUCAUCUAUUGAUCGAGAUAUCUUUGUAUCGAUUAAAAUUUCUUAUUUUGUGUAAUCAGUAAACAGUUUCUCUGUUUUUGAUCAUAUUUGUAUCAGCGUCGUUGUUGUUCUACGAUACAUAUAUCUAAUGCUAAAAUAAUGUAAAUACCGAAAAUUUCUUUUAUCGCACACACACACACACACGGAGUCAGAGAUGUGCUGGUAAAUAGUUAAAAAUGCGUAUUAAUCAAAUUUGACGUUUGUUUUCUGAUUCAACUAUAUAUAUAUAUAUAUGUAUAAUUAGAUGAAAGUAAAGUUUCUUUUUUAUCUGGUUUUUCAUUCCAGAAUUUUUCAGUUUCUUCUUGUUUCUAGGGGUAUAUAUGUGGUGUGUUUAAAUACAUAUGAGUUUAUCAUUUUGGUGUUUAUCUUGUUGCAGUUUAUCACUAUCAUUAUUAUUAUUAUUAUUA